AUGGUUUCAAAUGUCAACUUGUCAGCUCGAGCAAUAUUUACAGGGGAGAAUUAUGAUUAUUGGGUAGUGAGAAUGGAAGCUUAUCUUCUUGCUUAUGAUCUGUGGAGCAUUGUGGAGGAGGAGUAUGUAAGAGUUCCAUUACUUGAAAAUCCCACCUUAUUGCAGAUUAGGCAAGAUGCAGAAGGGUCCAUGAGGAAUUUCAAAGCUCUUUCAAUUCUUCAUUCUGCAGUGUCUGAUGACAUAUUCUCAAGGCUGGUGGCUUUCAAGACAGCCAAGAAAGCUUGGGAUUAUUUGAGGGAAGAAUAUGCUGGGAGUCCUAAAGUGAGAAGAGUAAAAUUGUUGACUUUAAAAAGAGAGUUUGAGUUGUUGAGAAUGCAGGAAGAAAAGAGUAUUAGAGAGUAUUCUACAAAAUUUAUGAAUCUUAUUAAUCAAAUAAGGCUGCUUAGAGAAGAAUUCAAAGAUCAGAGAGUGGUUGAAAAAAUGAUGAUUAGUCUCCCUGAGAUGUUUGAAUCAAAGCUGUCUGUGAUCGAAGAAAUAUUCGAUCUUGAGAAACUUAUUGUUGCUGAACUUAUCAGUAAGUUACAGGCUCAGGAGCAGACGUUUUCAAAUAAGAAAUGA